AUAUAAAUACACCACGCGUGUUGAGCAUAUAACGGAAAACUCGUCGCUCGUGUGUCGUAGUCAAUUUAGAGUGUGAAAUAUGUAAUACGGUGGCAAUAUUCUGUUUCAUUUGAACAGUUCACAUAACUAAACAGUAGUUUUAUUCUGUAUGAAUUUCAGCCACUAAAACACCAAUGUAAAAUGCAUUUUAUGAUUUAGAAAACUCAUCUAUGCAAAUAAUCUUUGUUUUAAAGAUUAACUGAAAUCUCUUUGAGAACAGUAUUUAUUGUUAAGGGACAUAAUAUACCAUUCGGACAGUUCAUAUAGCUGACAAACUUAUAUUAAUUAUUAUAUAUUCCACUAUUACAAAAUGGACUUGUGUUUAUUACUUGGAAUUGGCGUCUUAGCAGUGGUGGGAUUCUUAAUUAAAAAAUAUCUUAACAAAUCAGUAAUUAAAGCUGAUUAUCCUAAAGACACAGUUAUAGUACAUCAAUUGGGAUCUGGUCCCUACUGUCCUAGUAUUUCACCAUUUGUUAUUAAACUUGAAACUUAUCUCAGAAUGAACAAAAUACCUUAUAAGAAUGUAUACGAUAGAGUUAUGAGUAGUAAAGGCAAGACACCCUGGAUACAGUAUAAUGAUGACGUCAUACCUGAUUCUCAUUUUAUCAUAGGAUAUUUAAAAAAUAAAUUUAAUAUAAAAAUUAACGAUAAACUGACGCCAGAACAAAAGGCUGUUGGGGCUUCUUUUACACAUCUUGUAGAAGAUCAUCUUUACUGGGGUUUAUUAUUAUGGAGAGCUGUUUAUGACAAAAAUAAAACUAUUUUUCGUAUGGUCGGGUUGAAUUCUAUCAUACUGUGGAUAUUUGAGAGAAAGGCUCGAUCUGUCUGUCACGCCCAGGGCCAGGGUCGUCACACACGAACGGAGACUAUUCAACUAAUAGAGGAUGACCUUAGAUUUAUAUCUGAUUUUAUAGGGAAUAAGAAGUAUUUUCUAGGAGAUAAUCCCACAGAAACAGAUUGUGCUAUAUUUGGUCAGCUGUGUCAGUUUGUUUGGCAGACACCUGAUUCACCAAUGGAAACAUCUAUUAGAGAGAAAUACACAAAUUUAAUUGAUUACUGUGAAAGAAUAAAGAGUAGAUAUUGGCCAGAUUGGGACGAACUCAUCACUCGUGGCAACAAUAACAAUAAGAAGUGAAACAACAUAAAAACUAAAAAGGGUGAAUUUGAAUAUUGAAUAAAUCUGCAAAGGUUAAAACAUUAAUCAGUCAGUCCGACUGACAAAAUAUGAGAAAAUUCAAGGUUGAUAACCUUGGGAUUAGCAUGACAUUAAAUAAAAAUAAUUAUAUGUGUGAUAAACGAUAACAAUUCACAGUGCAACCAGUCUGCGGAACCAAAUGAGUUGAACCCCCGGAAGCCACGAUUCAUUGUGUAGAUUUGAUCGCAUCUCCAAUGAAAAUAACAGACCAGAUUAACCUAACCAGCUUUUUUACCUAAAUCAUAGAGGCUAAAACAAAGCGGUUUAGACCUAGAUCAAAGGGGGUUUAGUCAUAAAUCAAAGCGGCUGAGUCCUAAAUCAAAGGAGUUUUUACCUGCUUUAAAACUCGAAAGGAAUUGUUAUUGACGUAAAAUAAAAUCUAAUUUUAUUUAAAUACUACAGUAGGAAAAUAACAAUUUACAAACAAAACGAGGUUACUGACAAACAUAAAAAAUAAACGCCAAAGAUGUUAAGCGAAUCAGUUGACAAAAUCUAUUUCAACUACUUAAAUAUAUUUACAUAUUUACAAGACUGAUCAUCUUUCUCUGUUAAGCAAAGUUACAUCUUAGACACCAAAGUUAGAUGGAAUAAAUUAUGAAAUUAUUUACAAAUGAAACUGGAAAUAGUUGCCAAUAUGUCCAUAUUACAAUAAAAAGUGGUAAUAUUA